AUGGAGAAGAGCGCUCAGACGGAGAGCAAUAGCGAUCUCGCCUUUUGUUCUAACAGAGAAAGUACAGAGGGCGUGAUAGCGCCUAGUCAGUAA